AUGGCGAGGGUGGGGUGGGCAGGUUUGAGAGACCGGAACGGAUGCCGCGGUUCAUUUUCCGACGACGACGUGGUGCUGUGUCCUGCUCUGUGUCGACUUCUCACUGGAAGACUAGACGUGUUCAAAGGGAUCUCAGAUCCUAUGACUGAUCAGGAGUCGGACAGCAUCAACCGCACGUACGCAGACAAUUGUACUUCCGUUUGUAAAGAUUGUGAAAAUGCUUUAGACAGCUGCUACCGGAAUACUGGCAGCUUCUUAGCCAAGCGCCUUGAAAAACCGAUUUGCCUUGUGCAAAUACCACCUUACAUCACGCUUCUGCACCGGCGGAUCCAGAUAGUGCGCUGUUAUCCCGACGAACACCAGUGCUCUCACCGGUCCAUUCGACAAAUUCACCCACUCAUUUCCCAUCUUUGCCACCCAGUUCGUUCGACAGCACACCGUCCAGAUGACACCGGUGUGAAUCAUCGCAGUUCCAACGGUGCACGUUCCAAGUCGCGUUUCGAUCGGAUGCGUAAGGAAGCGAGAGGCUUGUCGAGAGAACGAUUGGGUUUGGUAUACGACAACUGGAGCAGAGAGGGCUGCGCGAACGGCGAGAUCAUUGGAAUAGGCCUUUUUUAUCCGAGCUACGUGUUCGUGAAGCUCUUGUGCGAAUUGCGUUGA